ACUCGAUAUUUCAUUCUCAGUCACGUUGCCAUUUAGGAAAAGCAGAUUUCAAAGUGGGGUUUCGGGGAACUUUUCCAGAAACCUUUUCUGUAAUUCGGCGAAUACGCAGGCGCCUCCCCCUCGGCUCCUCUAAGCAGUUGCGUUUCACUCCCUCGCGAGAAGGCCCCCCGCCUCGCUGUUUCUUCUUGUUUAUUAGGACAGCAGAACAUUUUUCGAGCUCCGUCAGCUCCUUCGAUUUCAGUCGAGUUCGGUCUUUUUCGCCUUCCGUUGCUCUCUGGUUCCUUGUGUCUGCACGCUGCACGUUCCGGGGCGCGGACUAUUUCGACAUGUGAUGUUUCAGCUCCGGCUCUCUCCUCUUUGAUAAAAGGAGUCCUGACGCAAAGAAGCGGUUUGCCUACCUUGAGCGCCCGGCCAAUUGCUCUUCUAAACUUCAGGGAACUCCAUCAAAACACGUUCCGUACGCGUGGAGAGGAACAGCAAACUGAGAACUGCAUUUCAGUCUCAACCGAUCAAGAUGGGAAAGGCGAAGAAGACGAGGAAGUUCGCAGCUGUGAAGAGGCGCAUCAACCCCAAGGACGAGAGACUAAAAAAAGACGAUGAGAAAAAGGCUUUGAGGGAGGCGAAGAAGAAGCAGAGAGAAGAGACGAUCAGAGAACAUGUGCAGGCAAACAGUAGCAUGUUCUUUCUGUACAACACGAACUUGGUUCCGCCGUACCAGGUGAUUGUCGAUACUAACUUCGUUAACGCGGCCGUCCAGAUCAAGACAGACGUCAUCAAGGGCCUCAUGGACUGUCUCGUCGCCAAGUGCAUUCCUUGCAUCACCGACUGCGCAGUAGCGGAACUGGAGAAACUUGGACAUCGAUAUCGUCUUGCUCUCGCGCUCGCAAAAGACAGAAGAUUCAAACGACUCACCUGCUGUCAUCCGGGCACCUAUGCAGACGACUGCAUUGUGCGGCGCGUCACAGAGCACAAAUGCUACCUCGUGGCGACGAACGACAAAGACUUGAAACGCCGCAUUCGAAAGAUUCCAGGCGUCCCGAUCAUCUACGUGAAGAACCACAAAUUCGCAGUUGAGCGCUUGCCAGACGCCAUUGCUUCUGUCCCCUCAGCCUCCAAAUGAGAGACAAGGACUUCCUCUCGACCCAAGUUCUCCAAAGGCAAAUCGAGACGGCUGCAUCCCUUUCUCUCGCCUUCCCUCGUAGAGGCAAUCUCCUUGGUUCUGUGGGCAUCUACAUGCGCGCGUUUGCGUUUUUUCUCGCCACACAGCGGCUUGUUUUCCUUCUCUCACGCUUGAGGAGCCCCAGGGGAGAGACAGAGAAGGGUGGGAUGGGCGUAGAGGAAAACGCAUCAUUUAGGAAUCAGGUCAACUUUCGCUUCUCCAUAUCUUUUUACUCCUACACAAAAUGGCGAAACUCUCGCUUUCUUCUCCCGCCUCUCUGCUCACGGUUCUCUCGAAAGUGCACCUGACGCAUGCGGUCGUGCUUUGCUACUACAGACGUGGAGAGGAUUAGUUCCGGAGUUCCCUGCCUGGUGCAGAUUCCUUUUCUCCAGGAAACGGGUGCCGCCGAUCCCGUCCCGGUUUUCUUGUCAAAACGAGCAGUGUGAAUUUAUGCUCUAGCGCAUGCAGAACUCUUGAUGGAAGAACGCAUGCAGAACUCUUGAUGGAAGAAAGCAUGUAGAGUCUUCU